CCUCUUCAUCACUGCAGAGCCUCAAACAGGAUUACCUUCACCCUGCACAGUGUGGAUCACAUUAUUUGCAUUUUCUUUUUUCUUUGCACCAACAACUCAAACGAUGCGUCUGAUCCAGAACAUGACGACCAUCACGGAGUGUCCAGCCCCGGAGAGCUCGCUGCCCAACCGGGUGAUUAAGAUGGCUGUGAUAGGAGGCAGUGGGGUGGGCAAAACUGCACUGGUGGUUCGAUUCCUCACAAGGCGCUUCAUUGGAGACUAUGAGAGAAAUGCUGGUAAUCUCUACUCCAGAGAAGUCCAGGUGGAUGGAGAUCAGGUGACCAUCCAGGUUCAGGACACUCCUGGUGUUGAGAUGACCGAUAACAGCAUCAACCUCCCCGAUCAUGUGACCUGCUCCAUCCAGUGGGCGGACGCCGUGGUGCUGGUGUACUCGGUGACCGACCGCCGCAGCUUCGACCUAAUCGAGCAGCUGCACCGCCAAGUCCUCCGCACGGGCGGCGCCAACGUGCCCCCCGUGAUCCUGCUGGCCAACAAGGCGGACCUGCUGCACCUGAGGAGCGUGGACGCCCAGCAGGGUCCGUUACUGGCGGCGGCGCUCGGCUGCUCCUUCUACGAGGUGUCUGCCAGCGAGGACUACAGCCAGGUGCACCAGGCCUUCCACCGGCUGUGCUGCCAGCUCGCCAAGCAGCAGCCUGCACCGCCGCCGCCACCGUCCUCCAACGCCACGGAGAAGAGGCGCUCGCCACUCAUCCCAAGGCCAAAGUCGCCCAACAUGCAGGACUUGAAGCGGCGUUUCAAACAAGCGCUGUCGGCCAAAGUGCGGACCGUCACCUCGGUGUGAGGAGACGCCGAGAAGUUUUAAAACGUGGCUGAGAGCGGCCGAAAGAAAAGAGGAAAGAAGAUUUAACGCUUCUACGCUUAAAGACCUCGGAUCAGUCUGACUGACGGAAGAGGCAGAAUCUUUACGGAUGUGACGUCAUCUCAAGCGGAAGGCGUCCGUCCUGUCGAGAUACCUCGUGGGAGGAGUUUGAUCACGUGUCAGAGAGGAAGACGACACCUGAGGAAGCAGAAUCAGCCGAAUGAGAGACUGAAGUUACAAAAAGAAACUGUCAGCAGCUCUGAAGGACGGCUUGUUUUUAGCAGAUCCAGACUGUCUGCAUGGCUCCACUAAUGAUUACACCACAGCCGGGGCUCUGCAGCCCUGUGUGUGUGUGUGUGUGUGUGUGUGUGUGUGUGUGUGUGUGUGUGUGUCAAUACCAGUGUGUUAUUGCACGAUCAGCUCCAUUAUUGUGCACGACGGACUGAUGGGGGGGGGGUGUUUGUAGCGGUGCAGCAGUAUGUAGCGUGUGACGGUUAUUAUCCCUGAUGCACUUUAUAAAGAGGAACCAAAAGGACCUUUUUUGUUAUUUAUUUGUUGC